UGCAUCCGGAACUUGUGUGUAGCCAUAUUCGUCGCUUUUGAAUCUGUCGCUGUGCUAAGCUGCUGCUAGCGGCUGCGACUCCGCUGGUGUGGGACGAGCACCGUCUGUGUGUGCGUCUACGAGAUGCCGUGUCGCUGUUGAGGCAGCAGCGCGUGUGGGACAAUGUUGGAGCAGAGAAGUAAUGUCAACGCGCCACGACUCGGUUCGUUUACUAUGAGCUCAGUAUCAGUGUCGGCCCAGCCUCUUGCAGCGAGCGCAUCCUGCAGGACUCUACCCGGGGAGGGGAAUCAGGUACAACCAAAAGCCCCUCUCCUGCAGAUUCUGCGCGUUGCCGGAGCCCAGGAAGAAGUGUUCACUCUCAAAGAGGUGAUGCACUACCUGGGACAGUACAUCAUGGGGAAGCAACUGUACGACAAACAGAGGCAGCACAUCGUCCACUGCCAGGACGAUCCUCUGGGAGAGCUGCUGGAGGUGGACAGCUUCUCUGUCAAAAACCCCAGCCCGGUGUAUGAAAUGCUGAAGAAAUACUUGGUUGUGCUCGGUUGUUCCGACGCUGCAGAGAAUCUUUCUGUGGGCCGUGAGUGUGUAGAGGGCGGAGUGGAAGAUCGUGGUCAGACGUGCGGAGGUGUGGUUAAAGCAGGACUGGAGGCUGGCCGUGACUGGCCUCUCCUGCAGACCCCCUCCCAGAGACGACCGCGGGAGCCAGACGAUGACUCCCUUGAAGGAUUGCCGAGGUCAGCUUGCAAACGGGCCAAGCUGGAUGUUACUCUGGAUGACUGGGAUCUCUCCGGCCUGCCCUGGUGGUUUCUGGGUAAUCUCCGUAGUAACUACAGCCGUAGGAGCAACGGCUCCACUGACAUCCACACCAACCAACUGUCUCCUGCACAGGAGGAGGACACGGCCAUCGUAUCGGACACCACAGACGACCUGUGGUUCCUGACCGAGGGUGAGAGUGAACAGGUGAGCGUAGAGAUGACGGAGGCUGCGCUGGAGGAAGGGAGUGCCGGAGAAGGGGAGGCCCUACCUGAGGAUGAUGAUGGAGGAGGAGGAAGGGAGGAGAAGGCAGAUCGAGAGAUGCAGGAAGAGCCAGAUGAAGACUCCCAGUGUUUGAGCGAUGACACCGAUACAGAGAUAUCCACGCAGGAUGCAUGGCAGUGCACCGAGUGCAGGAAGUACAACACCCCUCUACAGAGGUACUGUGUUCGCUGCUGGGCCCUGCGUAAGAACUGGUACAAAGAUGUCCCUCGACUUGCCCAUUCCCUCUCUGUCCCUGACAUCCCAGCAUGCAGCUCCCUCACCACCCAUGAUGAGGAAGAUGACAGCGACACGGGCAUUGAUGUCCCAGACUGCAGCAGGACAGUGUCUGACCCCGUCAUUCUGCCCUCUCACUCCACCGCUGAUCGGCCACUGCCCACUAUGGCUAUAGGAAAAGGCAAGGGGCCCUCGGGCUUCCGGAAAAAUGAGCUGCGAUCAGAAGGGGAGAGUCAGGAAAAUCUGGGCAUGGAGGUGGAAGAUGUUAGGCUACUGUUGGAGCCAUGCAAGCUCUGUCGAGUGCGAGCACGCAAUGGAAACAUAUUACACGGAGGUACCUCUCACAUGCUAACUUGCUUCCCAUGUGCAAGGAGGCUCCAUAAGUUCCAGGCCCCUUGUCCGGGAUGUGGAAAGAUUAUACAAAAAGUUAUUAAGAUGUCCAUCUAAAAAUCUGUCUCUGUCUUUCUCACAUGCUCCCCCACACCUAAACGCCAAAAAAACGACCCUCACCCACAACACACAUUUGCAAACACAUCUGAACAUAAAGCUGCAUGCACUCUGGUACACACACAAACUCUGACAAAGAUGUGCACCUUACCCUUACCUUUACCCCUACACAGCUGUACACAAAGAUGGCACUUGGUGAAGUGUGUUCUUGGCUGCAUGGUAUAUAUUGCGUCACACUGCCUCUGAAGUAUUGUUGGACGAAAACUUUUGAUGUAAGAGUUUUUUCGUAGCAAAUGUUUGUUUUGGUGCCACAUUAGAAUAAGGGACAAAGGCAGGAUUAUUCAUUUAUUUAUUAGAGGAUCAGUUAGAAAUGCACUGUUUGUCAACCAUUAUUUGGAUUCAUGAAGACUUAUCAGGCAGUGUGAAAUCUGGAUUGGAUUUCGCAUUGCAUUUGUAGAAUUUUGCCAUUUUAAAACAAAAACUAAUUGUAUUGCUUCCCUUCGUUCUCUUAGUGUUUCCAUAGAUUAACUUUGGGUUUCACCUGGACUAAAAUCUGCAGGUAUGUAACAACAGGAUUUUUCACUUGAGGCAUUUGCUUUUUUUUCUCUUUUUUUUUCACCACUUUGAGUAUUCUUAGGUUAUUCUGUGUAAUGAAGACGAGACUGAAGGAACAACAGGCAAGCGAGUCUUAAAAAAACAUUAAAUUGUUUUCAACAGCUGCAGCCCCAUGAAGAUAUCCUCUGUUUAAAAAAAAAAAAACUAUAAACAAGAAUGAAUGCUAUGUAAAAUGCAUAUGUGGUGGCCUAAGUCCUGCUCUUCUCAACAUAGUAUUUUAACAUGUAGAAUUGAAUUCAACCUGCUUGAGAUUGCGCAGCCGAAGUAUUUUCUGUGGUUUUCUCUUGGGGUAGUAAUUUGUUGUUAAUAUGUAUUCAAUAUGUACAAUUGCCAAGCUGCCGACGACCGUAACGCCUGCAGUAAGUUAUGUCAUAAUUCCAGUUAAUGUCUAAAUGAUAAAUGAUAUGAUUUAACGCUCUUUCCUGAACUUGAUGAUUGAACAAUAUCUGUAUAUUUUGUAUUUAAUUUAUUUAUAAUUCUGUCUUGUUUAAAAGGCCUCCCGUGAUGAAGCAGAAAACUGCUGCGCUUGUUGCAGAUUUUCUGAAAGUCUUUAAAGAAAUGGGAUAGGUUGCCAAAUGUACCGUCAGUGAAAUGAACUGCAGUACAUAUGGGGAGUUUGAUUUAAGCAUUACACUGCCAAGUAAUGAGUUUUUACUUUUAUUUGUAUAUAAAAGAUUUUUAUUUUAAGGGUUCUGUAUUAUUUGAAGAUUGAACAAUAUUUACUUUGGUGGGUGUGCGAGCCGUCUUCGAAUACAGCAUGUUCUCUAGGCUUCCACAAGUUCAAUGUAAGUGGCAUUUAGCCGAGAGGGAAUACCAUAGCUCUUUGUUCUGCUCUUAAGUUGUGCUUCAUCUUUCUGCCAGCAGGUGGGGAGAAGAGUCAAUGUUGUAUGUGUUGUACACUGACGCUGCACAGUACCAGUAAUAACACGUAAUGCAUCUAUAGAGCAUGCCUCCUGUCGUGACCAGCACCGACACUGAGCUGGUGUCAGAGCUAUAUAAGCUGUAUAAAAGUUAUUAAAAAAUUAUUAUUCCUCACCGUCAUUAGGAAACAAAUUUCCUUGCAAAUCCAGACCUCAUUAAAGAACAGCUUUGUGUGUAUUAUACAAGUGAUACUGGUCCUGAAUGACAUGUCAGUGUGAAAUAAAAUAAGUUGUUUUUAGCGA